GUGCCGGCCGUCUCCCUCUCUCCCUCCGUCUCUGGCGAUUAUGGCGGCUCCGCGGCUCCUGCUCCUGCGGGCCUUGAUGCUGGGCGGGCUGGGGCUGCUGGUCGGCUGGGGCGGCUCCGGAGUGGAAGGGCAGAAGAAAAAAGAGAUGGUGCUUUCCGAAAAAGUAAGCCAGUUGAUUGAAUGGACUAGCAAAAGAUCAGUUAUUCGACUGAAUGGGGACAAAUUUCGACGUCUGGUAAAGGCACCACCAAGGAAUUAUUCUGUGAUAAUAAUGUUCACUGCCCUUCAGCCUCACAGACAAUGCGUUGUGUGCAAACAAGCUGAUGAGGAGUACCAGAUUCUGGCAAACUCCUGGCGAUACUCAAGUGCAUUUACCAACAGGAUCUUUUUUGCCAUGGUGGAUUUCGAUGAAGGUGCUGAUGUAUUUCAGAUGCUCAACAUGAAUUCUGCUCCAACCUUCAUUAAUUUCCCACCAAAAGGGAAGCCCAAAAGAGGAGACACUUAUGAGCUGCAAGUACGAGGUUUUGCUGCUGAACAGCUUGCCCGCUGGGUGGCUGAUCGAACAGAUGUGAACAUCCGAGUGAUAAGACCACCAAACUAUGCCGGACCUUUGAUGUUGGGGCUGCUGCUGGCCGUCAUUGGUGGCCUCGUCUAUUUAAGAAGAAGCAACCUAGAUUUUCUCUAUAACAAGACAGGCUGGGCUUUUGCUGCUUUGUGCUUUGUUCUGGCUAUGACAUCAGGACAGAUGUGGAAUCACAUCAGAGGGCCACCAUACGCUCAUAAGAAUCCUCACACAGGUCAAAUGAACUACAUCCAUGGAAGCAGCCAAGCACAAUUUGUUGCUGAAACGCAUAUCGUUUUACUGUUUAAUGCAGGUGUCACUCUGGGGAUUGUGCUUCUUUAUGAAGCUGCUACGUCUGACUUGGAAGUGGGGAAGAGAAAAAUAAUGUGCAUGGCUGGCAUUGGCCUUGUGGUUGUGUUCUUCAGCUGGCUGCUCUCGGUAUUUAGAUCCAAAUACCAUGGCUAUCCAUACAGCUUUCUGAUGAAUUAAGAAUGUUGCUGUAUUGUGAUUCGCCAAAGUGGAGCACUGGUGUCCAAGAUCCAGAUCGUGCUACCUCUCUUUAAAACGAACGAAAUCCUUGCACACCUAACCAAAGAUCCCUGGUGCCUUGACAAGAUAAACCCUUUGCUCUAAACGUCAGGAUGCAUAUUACAGCACAUUACCCGUUCCCAUUUUCCCAAGGCCAAAGGGCCACUUUCUUGUCUUAAGAACAAGGGAGCCUAAAAAAGGCAAAAAAAGUUCCAAAAGUUUAAACUCGGCGCACCUCUUUAUGCCUUGCAUGUAUACAGGGGUUUUCGGUUCGCAGUUCUGCAUGCUGCAAGAGCUUCAGAAGUGGCUCACCUGGGUUGAUGGGCUUUUUCAGGCAAGGAUGGUCCUUUCAUAGGUAAGCUCCCAUUGUGGCCGUUUUUCUAGCACCUGCAGGGAUUUUAUUUCUCAGCAAGAUUUCUUAGUCUUGCAAGACCUGAGCAUGUUAUCUCUUGAUAUGGGUAGCGAGUCUGAUUUUGGUGUUUUGGUUCUGUGCAAUAGGCGAUUUGCUUUCGCCUAAAGAGUAGAACCAACAGAUAAACAUAUAGGGUGGGAAAUAAUGGUUGAACCUGCUAAGCAUUUAAUGAAGUGGCCUUCUUCGGUCUUUUCUUUGAAGAGAAAUGAAUGCUGUUGCCAUUUGUGAGACCGUUUCCAUUUCCUUGGUCUCCUGCUGCUGAACUGAACCUCCUAGAAUUCUAUGCUGCCCUUCCAUCAAACGUGGACAGUGUUGAGAUCUACACCACCAUGUAGAUUGAGCUCUGCAGUUGAGUUCUAUUAUUGUUGUGCUGAUCUUUACCAAACACAGUCACCUUUUCAGCUUUGGACAUGGACAUUGCCUGUGGUGGGUUGAACUUAAUAUCCAGUCCUCCACUAUGUCCCCAAAAGAGAUCACUGGCAUUCUUCAAAUUAUUUUCACGAUUGAGAAAUUGGGAGGAAGAAACACAAAACCAGAAUCUCCUCUUUAUCUCUUGUGUAGGUGCUAUGUAUAUAAUCCUGGCAUUUGUACCAAAAUCAAAGGAAAAGUAGAUGAUGUGGAAAGAACCCAGUUAAAUUGAAACAUUUCUCAUUCUGAAUCCUGACUAGAUAUUAGACAUGCUAAUCUGUCUAACUAUGGCAACGGAGACAUACUAUUCAAUGGACUUUUGUUUUUAACUUUCAAGACAUUUUGGAGAGGAAAGAACGAAUCCCAAAAUAAGCAGAGACUGUAAUAGCUGGUUUUCUUCAGGUGAGAGUUGGUGCCAUUUGAAUAGUUCUCCCUCUUCUCUCUCCCCUGCUUGGGUUUAGUGCUAAGGCUCAGGUUCUCCACAGGAAGGAGACUCCAUCCUGGGUUUGGUUUGCAUUGGUUUAUUUUGGGCAGGGUGUAAUAAGGGCUGUGGAAGCUCCAUAAAAAGAUAUUUCUUGAAGUAGCUACUACUGUAACUCGGCUGUUCAAUUGUCUCUUACAAAGGUUUCCUGUAUUCAAUGACUUUCCAAGUGCCUUAACACCAUUGUACUAUUUUUCAGUAUUUGAUUCCAACAAUGUUUGAAAAAUACAUUUUUAUAUUAUUGAGAGCAUCCAAGUUGUAGCAUGGAUAUUGAAAUGGCUAUUAUGGAUAUUUGUCAGCUUUCAAUAAACAAUUUCUUAGCCUGAA